AAACAACACAAAUAUAAAUUAUAGUAACAAUUAUAAUUAAGUUAUGAAUUAAAUUGUAAUCGAAUAUUUGUUAUAGUUUUGUUUGCAAUAAGACAUCACUGAUUUAGGGCUCCAUUUCCUCUAAUUUGAUUGUUGUUUGCGGCUUGGUAUAGUUUGUUUUAUUCCGGUGUUGUGAAAUAAAAACUGAUUAAUCAAGAUUCAAAUAAAAUUGUUAUACACUUUUAUUAAAUAUGUGGAGUGUUGUAAAGAAAGUUGCAUCAACUUUUGGCAUAAUUAGAGAUGAUGUUUUAUCAAAAGAACAAGAAGAUGAAUUAAUUAAAGCAGUGUUAUCAAAAGAAAGGGCAGAAGACUAUUUAUUGAAAGUUAUCGAUAAAAGAGAAAGCGAAGAUUAUUCUGGAAAAAUUACACACAUGAAUGAUCAAGUAGCUGUCAUUGACAAUAAGUACUAUUUUCAUCUAAAAAAUGCUGUUGCCCCUGCUUUGAAAUUAAAUGAUUUAGUGACCUGUACUUUAUACACUAAUGAAUUGGACACUUUAGUAAAAAAUGUUUUGAAGGUAGAAGGGAAUGAAGAAGAAUUAGAAAACUUCAUUGAACCUGUCACUAAAAUUGAAAGGAAAUUGGAUGGAAUGACUGAAUUGAAAAUAUCUGGAAAGAUUAUAGUAAAAGAAGCCAGAAAACUGACAGUUGAAGUUGAUUAUGAAGAUCCCAAAGUUUUACAUUUCAAUUUGGAUAAUGUCAGUGCAGAGUUCAUUCCUUUGAGAGGUGAUAUUGUUGAGUUAGAAUGUCUCUCACCUGUUGAUGACUGUCAGAAAAUUAUUGUAGAAAAAGUAAAUCCUAAGAAGACAGCUGUGAAGAUGGGAACCGUGACAGAUUGGAAUGGUUCACGUGGUGUCAUUAGUAAUUUUGCUGAAUUUACAUCAAAUACCUGUGAGCCAGGUUACCAGCCAACAAAAGGAGACAAGGUUUUGGCAAGUGUUAUUAGAAGUGAUUCUGAAGCUGGAUACAAAUGGCGAGCUAUUCAAGUAGUUGCUCAACUUCGCCAAUUAGGUGUUCGUUUGUCAAAAAAAGCUGAAGAAGCUCGUCGGGAGCUACUACUUGAUAAGCAAGGAGUUUUUAUAUCUGUUUGUUCCAAGUUUACUGUUGACCUCAAUUCUUCUCUAGAAUUUGUUGUUGAGGUAGUGAACAAGAGCUGCAUUGAAAAAGAUCUUGAGAGAGUUAGUCUUUUGUCGAAGGCUGAUUUAUGCCAGAUAACUUUAAUAAACCCUGUAGAUCCUACUAUGACAAUACAAGCCGGCCAAGUUGUACCUUUCACAUUCAGGAUCGAUGGGAAGUUUGUGGGGCGAUCAUCAGAACAAUAUGUUUGGGUAUUUUCAGAAUUCACAAUUGGAAGAAUUUUCGAUUUAGAAGUAGUUGAUUUAUCUUUAGCCGAAGCUGAACAGGAAUGUUCUACUUCACAAUCACUAGUUCCAAGGAAGGAAGUUACAGCAACGCAACUAUUGGACCGUGCAUCUGGUGUUAUUAUGCCUGGACGAAGAUCUUUUUCUCCUGCUGCAUUUGUCCCUGUGAAACUUGGCCAGUUUCCUUUAUCUGAAAGAAUUCUUAUAUCUGCUUUACCUGAUGUCAAAAUGAACCUGGAUGAUUUGAUGAUACGUGUUGAGAAGGUCUUACCCUGCUUGAAAGAGGAUUUAUCUCCUAAAACAUACUUAGCUCGUAUGCAUGGCCUUCUAUAUCUCGAGGAAGUGGCUAUGCUGAAGCAGGUUGGUGAACUUCAAAUGGAUAAAGCAUCAUUUAGAAAGGAAAAAGAUUGCCUGGUAUUAGAUGUGCCUCCACUUUCACCCUACACUAGUAAACUAGUAGCUGGUGACAUGCUGAUAGCAUCUCUACCGGGGGCUGCAGAUGAAAGGAAGUAUGAGGGUGUCAUUCAUCGUGUAACUCAUACAGAGUUGUGGCUUCAGUUCGCUAAAGAUUUUCAUGACUCUUAUGGAGAAGGGGUGAAAUAUUCUGUAUCAUUUGUGACAUCAAGGGCUUCUUUACGUCGAAUGCAUCAAGCUAUUAACCUUGCAGCGAAACAUCUUGGAUACGGUUGGCUCUUUCCAACUGGAGUAACGCCUAGGUUACCUCAAGUUGUUGUUGAAGAGGAAUUUGAAGAAAAUGAUACUGUGAAAGCUACAAAGAAAGAGCGAGGUUCCAAAAAAGUUAAUAGUUUACCAGCCCUUGAAAGCAAAGACUUACUGUACAGUCCUGAUCCCAGGAAAAUAUCUAUUGCUGGACAAGCCAAUCUUAGUAUUGACCAUAAAUUCCAGGCUUCAUUAUUGAAAGCAGGAUACCGUGGUAGAGGAAGAAGGUACAACAACCGAGAUAUUCAAUGGAACAGACAAGGUAGUGGUUAUGGUAUGCACUGUACCAUUGACAAUGAGGUUCGUGUAAAUAUUGGCUUAGAGAGAAUAAAAAAAAUAAGAUGGUUCAACAAAGGUCUAAAUAGACAGCAGAAAGAAGCUGUAAAAAAUGUUCUUCUAGGAGAAGCAAGGCCAUUGCCAUAUGUUAUAUUUGGCCCUCCUGGCACUGGUAAAACUGUCACAGUUGUUGAAACCAUUUUGCAGUUACAUGCUCUCAUUCCCGAAAGUAGAUUAUUAGUUGCAACUCCAUCGAAUUCUGCUGCAGACCUGAUUACUGAACGAUUACUGGAUGCUGGCGAUUUAGAACAAGGGGAUCUAUUGAGGAUGGUUGGCUAUCAUUAUUUAGAACAAGGAAGAAUAGCAGCUUCUAUUGUGCCCUAUGCAGCUGUUCCUGACGUUAAAGCUAUAAAUGUUGCUGGUCUUUCUGGCUCUUCACAUGAAGGAGUGCAGAUGUGUGGCAGAGAACUUCUUGGUCAACAUCGAGUUACUGUAGGAACCCUUGGCUGCCUUGGACUACUAUACAACAUGGGCUUUCCGAGAGGCCAUUUCACGCACGUCAUUGUUGAUGAAGCUGGUCAGGCCACCGAACCAGAGUUGCUUAUUCCCAUGGUUUUUUUGCAUAUGGAAUAUGGGCAGGUUGUUCUAGCUGGUGACCCUCUACAGCUCGGGCCAGUUGUCACUUCACGCCUAGCUUCAAGGUGUGGGCUGCAGGAUUCUCUUCUGGCUAGAUUUCUUAACCGAUUUCCAUACACAAGAGAUCCUAAUGGUUUUCCUGAUAGUUCUGGCUAUGAUCCACGCUUAGUAACUAAACUAGUGAACAACUACCGAUCACUUCCAACUAUAUUGGAAUUGCCUAGCAUGCUUUUUUAUGAUAAUGAUCUUAUCCCAAAUGUAUCUGAGGAUUCCAGUGAAGAAGCAGUAUUAUUACGAGCAUUGGCCCCGUUGCUUCCUUGUCGCAUAUUCGGUGGUCGUGCUCCUCCUCUUUUAUUUCACGGUGUUCGGGGUACUAAUUGUCAAGAAACUGAGUCACACUCAUGGUAUAAUCCUCAAGAAGUAUUUCAAGCAUUUGUUUACUUGAAUUUAUUAUAUAAAGCUGGACUUCGUCCCGAUCAAGUAGGAAUCAUUACUCCUUAUCAACUGCAGUCUAAUAAAAUCAGAUUUAUGUUGGAACGAAUAAAUAUAGAACCUCCUAAAGUCGGUUCAGUGGAAGAAUUUCAAGGACAAGAAAAGAUGGCAAUUAUAGUCAGCGUUGUUAGAAGUAGCCCUGAUUUGAUCAGUUAUGACAUGCAAAGAGCACUUGGAUUCGUAGCUAACGCUAGGCGAUUGAAUGUAGCAUUAUCACGAGCCAGAGCAAUCUUGAUUAUCCUUGGAAAUCCUCAUCUACUUUACCUUGACAUGCAUUGGAGAAGUGUUUUGAGACAUUGUGUAAAGAAGAAAUUUUAUACUGGUUGUGAUCUUCCUCCAGAAUUUACUUUAGAAAGAACAAAUGCUGAUCCAUCACUCAACUUAGAAGAGUAAUUACACGUUUUAUUUUUGAAUAUUUUAUAUUAAAAGUUAUGUUAAAGUAAAACAUAUGUUAUUGUUUAAAAGAGAAAUUACACAUUUCUUAUUUUAGAAUUAUAUUAGUAUCAAGAUAUGCAAUUGUUUGUAAAACAUUCAAUAAUGAUAAAAUAAAAUAUUAAAUCCAAAUUCUAUUUUUUCAAUUUAUGAGUGAGGUCUUGGAAGUAGCUUUUAAAUAAAAAAUAUACAAUGCAAGUUUUGCCAAUAAUUAAGUUUCGUCAAAUUGUGUAUAUGUGUGUGUGAGCUCACAUCUGGAUGUCAGAAGUUCGAGGAUAUCGAUUCACUACCCAACAGUUUGUUUUUAGAUUUUAAGAUUGCAUAUGAUGUUUGCAUAUUAAGAGAGAAACAUUUUGAUAAUUCAACAUUUCUUCUAUUAAAGUAAAUUUAAUUUGAUUUUUUUAAUAUUUAAUCAUUUCACUAUGUAAUUAGUAACUGAAAAUGGUUUAAAAUUUAUAUUACGAAUUUGAUAAUUAACUAAAGGAGAAAUAAGAGUGUUAGUCAUAGGUAGUAACUGGCAAAUCAGAAACAGCCAAGAGAAUAUACUUUUGAGUGAUUCUCUUAAUUUCAUUUCUCAUGCUAGUAACAGUGGUUUCCUGUUUGUGUAACUGACUGUUCACUUCUCUAAUCCAUAAUUUUCAAAAUUGAUUUUCAUACGAAAUGUUGAGGAUCUGCCAAUAUAUGUAUAUCUAUUAUACACUGACAGGCAA